UCUGCCCUAUUUGACUGCUCGAUUUCCAAUGUGGUGGCUGACUUUGCUUCCUGUAUGUUUAUUUGCCCGAUAUUUGCUGCUCGGGGUGAUGGGAGGAUUGAAAAGUAUAAGAGUAGGAAGUGAAGGGAAGUUUUGUCUGUCUUCAGUGUUUGAUGUGACUGGUUUGAAUGUGAGUAAUCCAUCCAGCUCUACUGGUGAGUGCGGGAAGAGGAGAGGUUGCUGGCGAAAAGCCACAGAGUGAGCUCGAUCCCUUCAAAGGUUUGGACUUUGCCGCCACUUGUGGCGCCCAAGACAAGCUCGGGAGGGAACAAGCUGCCUUCGAGCAUCGCCCUGCCUCCGGAGAAGACCGCAAGUCGCUAGCAACAGCCGCAAGUGCCCACACAGCAAAUUCGGUACAAGACUCCAGAGCAGGUCGCUGCCUGCGACCUCAAGGAUUCCUUGACAGUGGUGUUUCAGAGAUCGGCUUCACACCAUCUAUAUUUGGAGUCCUUGGACCAUCCGACGAUUACUGGAGAUAUUAAGUUGGGAAGACUGGGUCCUUGCUCAAAGUAAAUGGAUUGGCACAGAUUACCUCAUGACUAGACCAUGAGUAAGGAACAGAUAGUGAGGAGGAGCGAGCAACAUGGAGCUUCCACUGGGAUAUUAAUCCCAUUUAGGAUAGAAAGUCCUUGCAAGCUCGAUGAAGUGGACUUGGCUUUGGACAAUCUUCAAGAGGCCAAAUCAGUGUUGCAGCAGAUUGAGAACAAGUUGCAUUUUCAAGAGGAGGACCCUCUUGGAGAGCCGAGCUUCCCAAAACGAUCACAGUCCGAGGCAUUUGGAUGUGGAGUGAAUUGCACUGGCAACACUACAAAGCAAGAUGAUUCUCCCCAACAACCACGUUCCCGAAAAUCCUGUGGACCAGACAAACACAAAGCCCUGAGUUCUGAGUGGUCUCCUCCCUUAAGCAGGACAAAUAACACUGGAAGUUUCAAUUCCUUGGUGAAGAAUUGUCAUUCUUCAAGAAGAAUGUUCUGGAAUGAGAGAUCGAGCCCCUUAUACAAUGACAUAAUUGACCAAGACAUUUCACUGUCUGCACUUAAUCGUACAAUACUAUCCAGCAACCAAGAUAAAAAUGAUAGCCUAUCAACAAGAGUUACUCCAACAAGAUCGCAUGCAUUGGGUGAUAUGGACACGAUGGAAAAUUAUUGGUUCAUGGCUGGUGAUCAAGAGACUUGCAGUGGCUUUGAACUGUCCAACCAACAUCUGCUUGACGAAAGAAGGCUAGUUGGGAAUGACAGCAAUUUGGCCCUUGAUUGUUCAAUCGAAAGACGGAUCUUGCAAGAGAGGAAAAGAUCUCCCGACCCAUCAAUUAGUGCCUUGCCCCCUACCCCACCUGGAAGUCCAUUAACUCAGCAUCUGGAGCAGAGUCAUUCUCCUGUGAACAAAUUGGAGAGACUUAAAGAGCGGAUCAGGAGACAGAGGAAUUUGGACAAGAUGAAGGGGACUCUCUCAAAUAGACCACAUGCAGAACAACCUGUUCCAGCUCUCAAAAUGAAGUUUGGAGACACUUUCAAUAAUGGGUCAAUGAAGCAUUGGGUCAGGAAGAUGACCUUUGCCCCCCCUGCACCAGCCUAUAAAGGUUUCAAUGCCGUUGAGUUGGCACCUGACAAGAAAUUCUCAAGAUCCCAGGAGUUUGGAGAGGCGAUUGCAGUGAAAUCUUGGUCGAGUCAGCAACAAAUGAUGCGACGCAGAGAUUGGGGACGACAAAAUACAGAGCAGAAAAGAAACUCCCUCAAAGCUUCCAUUAAGAACUGGGAGGCAAAUCUCCAAGCACAAAGACCCUCCAAGUCACCAAGCCCAAAGAGAACAAUCAAAUCUGAAGAAUCCCAUACUUCUGGCAUUUUUGCGUGGAGAGAAGGUCAGAAAUUGGUCAGAAUGUUGCUUGGUCCACCUCAAAAAUGUCCAAAUGUUCUGACCAAGGCUCUUGAUCAUGAGGACAGGAAUGACUUUGACACAUCAGCUGACCAGCAAGCAAGAGACCCAGAGGAACAUAAUCCAACCAUUUCACAUGAAAGGAGUCCCAGAAGAAGACUUUGUAUUACAAAACAGGGUGAUCAUAGCUAUACGUCUGUUAAAACUGGUCUGUCAGACUCUGAUCAGCCUAUUUCAGAUGUCUUGCCAUGGACCAGAACCUUAGAUGAUUUGGAAUCUGAAAAAGAUAUUGGAAAGAAUCAAAGCUCUACUUUGAAAAUGGGAAGUGGCAGUCCGACCCUUGAAAGAGAACAUGGUGAAUGUAGUCACAGGCAUCCUACGGGACAUGGCUACCACUUCUGUCAUAAAGACAAAUCAAGUAGAGCAAAUCUUGGUCACACCAGCCCUGUGAGAUGUUGCAACCCAAGAUUGGGAUCGUGUCCUAGCAGCAAGAGAAGUUUAUCACCUCUGAAAAACAGGCUGUCUCCGAACCAUCCUGGAACCGGAAACCAGGAGGGGGGAGAAGUGGGGCCUGAAGAGCUUCUGCGAUCUCCACAGACCCGCAAUUACAAUGCAGACGAGGUCCGUGAGUAUAUGAAUAGGCAGCUGGUCGAGCGCAAGAAGAAAGAGAGGGAAGAGAAGCACUCGGUGAAGCAUGCUAUGGAGAUGAGGAAGAAAAGACUGCAGGAAGUCUACAGGAAGCAAAAAGAGGCUCUCUCAAAGAAAAUGAGAGGGAAACCGAGGAGCAGCUCAUUGGCUGCAGGACAAACGUCGACAAGACAAGAAAUGAGAGUGGGUGCAGCACAUGCGAUUAAAGAUCAGGCAGCGGCACAAGCCAACACAGAUCCUGAAGACUUCCAGGAAAGUGGGAUGUAUCAGCAGGAACUGAAUGAUACCAAGAGACCAUUCCAUCAUUAUCUAUCCAGCAAAUAUAGCCCAUUGAGACUUCAAGACUUGGAAUCACAUCGACGCUGUCAAGACCGCUCCUCCCCACCAGUUCAGCUUUCAUGGUUUAUCGGUGAGCCCCUACCCCUGGCACACUGUGAGGGGGUGAUGAGCUGUAAAGCCAGUGGUGUUGGGUCCAAGGAUAGGCAGCAGCGUAUUGAUGCCAUCUGCUCCAUGGCAACCGCCCUCAAUGGCCGCAUUGAGAAUGAAGCUCGGAGGCUGGCUAUGGAGACAGAUGUCUGGAAAAGGCCCGGAAGCCCAGGUAGGGAUGAAGGGCGGGAGCGGGCCGGUUUGGGUGGCUUUACACAUUCUGUGGCCAGCUUGACUGACUGCUCUGACCUGAAGCAGCGGCACGUGCCAAGCCCUGAGCCAGCCCCGUCACCGCGGGCAUCACUGAGUGACUUCAAAGUCUCACCCGCACUCCGUCAAGAGUGGGGGGAGCAACAGGGAGUUGCCGCACCCGAGGACAAGAUGGUGGACAAGAAACCUGCCUUGCAGGAUGACCAUCCCGAGGACAGCCUGCUGGGCAGCUCCUCUUCACAGAGUGAGAGCAACGUCCCAUGGACUGACUUGGAAUCUUUGGCAGAGCAUGGAUUGUGCAGCAAACCCAGAGGGAUUUACAACCUCCCAACAGGGAAGCCGGAAGAAAUGGUUAAUAAAUGUACUGGUGUCCAGAGAUUCUUCAAUGAAUUGGACCAUCAAGCAACAAGAAAGGUCAAAAGUCAUGAGCUCCCUUUUGAAACAGUCCUAUCUGAGAACAGAUCCCCGAGUGGAAGAACUUCUUGGGAAAUGAGUGGAGUCCAAGAUGCUAACAAUUUGUCUCAGGCGCAGAAAAGUCAGAGACUGGGAUCAGACUGGUCUCCAUCCAGGACGGCCUCAGGAUCAAAACAGAUGGACAAAAGGAAGGAUUCUGGCUACCACCAUGACUUAAGGUGCCAGCCAAAUGCAAGUGACUGCUUGGAGAUGAGGAAGGAUUUCUCACUGACAGGAAAGUCCCAUCGGAAGAAAAGGCAAUUGCAGGAUCCACAGCAACUGUGCUUAGCUAUAGUUGAAGAGAACUAUAACCUUGUGAGCACACCGUUUCCCAGAAGCUCUGCUAUCUCCUCAACACUGGACACAAGGUCUUUGAACAGGUCUGGAAUAUCAACCAGCUCCAGGAAAACAUCCACAAAUGAUUUGGGAAAGAGGAAGAAAGAUCCUGUGACCCAGAGACUGCCUGAAAUGAUGAACGAACUCCAAGAGGAGUCUGAGCAGUUAAGGUUCCACUCUAAGGCACACAGUUCACUGAAAGAAAACUCAUCAUUGGAGCUGAAGGCGUCCCCCAGAAUGACCCCAGUGAUAACUGAGACCACUAACUGUCUGAGGAGCAACACAAAGAGGAGAGUGGAUGUAGAUAUUUCACUGGACAGAAAAGAAUCGGUCUUGGGAAGCACCCACACAUCAUUCGCUGAUGGGAUGUUGGUGAAGGAUACAUUAGUAGAACAGUCCUUUUGGUCCCUGCUACCUUCCGAGAGUCACUGGAGACGGACUAUGGAAAGUAAAAAGAAGUCACAGCCUGGAGAUGAAUUUGUGCAGAAUGCAAUGGACGGUCCUUUUGGAAAGUGGCAGGAAUCAGGAACGUCUAUCUUUGGCAGCCAGGAUGCUUUCAGCCGGUUUACGCUUGAGAUGGCUCAGCAGUACCUCAAGGAAGAGGAAGUUCGAGCCAGACACCAGGCAGCUCUGUUUCGACUGAGGGAGAGAGCACUGAGGGAGAAAACCCAGGCUGAGCUGGCCUGGUUGGAGCAUCAGAAAACACAUCUUCGGGACAAAGGACAAGAUGACAAAAUGCCAGCCAUUAUCCAGAAGCAGCGGGAGAUCCUGAUGAAGCUACAACAGGAGAAGGCAGAGAUCAGGCAUCUCCAGAAUGUUUACAAAGCAGCCCAUCAGGAGAGGAAGCUGCUCCUAAAGCAGCAGCAAGAGAUCUUCAGGAUUCAUCAGACAACUGCACACCUCCAGUGCCAGUUAGAUAGAUCAGCAAUGGAUCCCCAGGUUUUGGGAUCGAGGGACAUCUUGCUUGACUCAGCAGUUGUCAGUCACUCUGAGGGCUCAGCAAGUCCGGAAUUCAGUCCCAGGAUUCCCGACCUUGAUGAAUGGAGCUGCUCUUCUCUGUCAGCCUCUGGGAGCGAGGACAGCAUCGCUAUGAAGCAACUGAAGAAGAUGCACAGCAGGUUGGAUGAAAGGUUCUUGACGAAGAAAGAGAAGGAGCUGAUCAAACGUCGGCGACAAGCUGAGGAUUUGCUGGAGUGGAAACAACGCUGCGAUGCAGAGGAGCUGGCUGUCCACAGGACUGAGUCGGGCACUGUUGCUCCUUGCAGUCCACUAGCCCAGGAGAUAGAUCCAGGCAAAACAGAGACUGAUAAUUGGAACAGCGAGGAAUGCUCACACUCAACCGAGUCAAACAAAUCCCUCUGUGCUGAUGAAGUCGUGACCUUGGCUGCAGUUGCCCCUUCGGAUGAGCACUGUCAAGGGCAACAGACUGUGAAAUCUCCUGCUGAAAGCUGGGACCAGAGGACUGCAAUCGUUCUGAAACCUUUGGAAAAGUCAGCAAUAGAGAUGGCCAAGACUCAGACAGAGAAAGGUUUACUUAUCACUGAGGCAGCCCAGGAGCUAGAUGCUGGAGAAAACCAGAGAUCCCCACUGAGGUGUGAACUGGCGAAUGGUAAGGCAAUGCUGGUUGACCUGCAGACUGAGCAGAAGAGGCGGCGAAGAGAAAGAUUAAAGAUGGAAGAAGCUGAUCUGUGCAGGCAGCUGGAGGAGUACGACGCCUUCAUCACUAAGACACAGGCUGAACUGAUGUCAGAUGCUGAAUUUUACCUCAUUUCAAAGCCACAAAUUAAAGCCCCUAUUGCAGCCCUGCACAAGCCUUUCCCUCAGCUACUGAGGUCUACCAUUCUGAAAUAUCCAGCAAAACCAAGUGCUGAGAUCCUUCAAUCACAAAACCUACCUUCAAAGCGAGGUGAAAAGUAUAAUGGUGUGGAAGAGAUAUCAAAGCAGCAAGAGAUAAUAGGAUCUGUGCAUGCAAGUUGUCCACUGAGUAAGUCUCAGAUUAGUGACCAACCAUCUCAAUACCCUGUCUCCCAGCUUCUACCUUCCUCUGUGCCAGAUGAUGGGAAUCUGUGUGUGGAAAGCCAAUUAGAAAUGCUAACUCAUUGUGGGUCUGCAGAAUCAUCACGAAGUUCAGACAUAGUUAUUGAGUCUUCAGACUCAUCUGACAACUGCAAGGAAGAAAUCCUGAGUUAUAGCAAGUUGGACAAUUCAGCUUGCAAGCGGACUAAAGACACUGACAACACUUUGACUGAAAAGUCUUCUAUCCUACUUGAGACAGACGGAAAUGAGAUGAUAUUGUCAUCAAAACCGGCAGGAUCAUUGUUUGGAAGGAAUCCCCAGUUGCAACUCCAUGAUGCCUGGAUUGAUAUUGCUCCCCAAGCAGCAGAUAAUUUAUUGCAAGCCUCUGCCCACAACUUAUUGAGUAACACCAUCAGCCUGGAAGCUGAAGAAAGACUGGAACAUGAGAAUAUGCAACCAGAUUGUGUUGUCAAAAAUUCAGAAGGCACCAAACAUUGGUUUGCAUUGCCUAAUCAUUCUAGAAAGGUCUUUGCCUCUGGGGCUCCUGCGAGCUUCCAGACCUCAUCGCAGGUCCCAAUGGCACAGAGUGAAAUGGUUAAACCUGAAAUAGAGGUAGAUUUUGAGGAAGGGACAGCUGCUGGACUGUUCCUUCAAAAGGAAGAUAAUUUUUGGGAACCAACUGCAACUCCACCUUCCCUGAGAAGCAGACUUGACCUGAACAAGAGUGCAGCUUUAGCAUCUUCUCAAAUGGCUCCUGCCAUUGGCUGCUGGACUGCAGAGAUAAUUUCACCAGUGCUCCCUCUGCCGUUCCUGAAUGGCUUUGCUAAUACUGAAGAAAACUCAAAAGGCCAAGUCUUGGGCCCAUUAUCCAAUGAGGUGAUGCAUUCACCUGCAAAUGGUACUUUGUGCACAAAUGGUAAUAUGCUAUCUUCAUUGGAACAAGCAAAUCCAUUAAGAAGUGAAACAGUUGAAGAAAUGGCCCUGCAUAGAGUCGGGGGGUCACCUGGGUCUGACGACAUUGCAUCCAAAAGUGAUGCGUUGCUCCCUUUGAAUGCAAAGCAAAAAUCAGAGAUGUUACCUCCAGUUUUAAAGGAAGAAGAUCUAGUUUCACUCAAAGGAAUUAGCUUAUUAGCUCUGGGGGAACAGCCAUCUCCUGUGGAAGAAAUCUCACCUAUCAACGAGGAGCUGCUAUCUUCAAUUGAGGAAGACAGCAUCUUCAAUACAAGAGAGUUAAGCUCUCCAAUUUAUGAAUUAAUGUUAUGUGAAAGUGAAACUUUUCUAAUUCCAGAUGAAAUUGAUAUUGCUGUUGAAACCAAAAAUGUUCCUCCAUCACUUGAAGAAAAUAUUUUCCUUGUGAGCAAUAAGCUUCCAUCCUCAAUUAGAGAAAAUACCUUUGAUAGAACUGAAGGUCUACAACCACCAUCUGUCGGUAACUCUUCAUUAAAUGAAGAGUUACCACCUUUAAGUGAAAAAGACAGUGUGAUGAACGCUGAUGAUUUCACUACUCUUCUUCCUCCUCCUAUUGAAGCACUAGAAGAAGAAAAGGUUGAUGCUAUGAAUGACAAACUCAAGCACCCAUUAAAAAUAAGUGGAGAAGAAACCGGCACACAGUUGGAUGAGGAAAACAUUUUUUCUGAAUCAUUAAGAAUUCACAUACUUCAAACGGACCAACAAGUGGCAGACCCUAUAAAGAACAAUCAUGUUGGAGACCAGAUGCAAGUUAGCCACGGAGAGUCUGAUACUUUACGGUGUGAAAGAUCAUUUGACCAGGGCUGCUGUGCUGGUGUGGAAGGAGACCGUGAUGAAGUCUUCAGGGGAGGGAUGUGUUUUGAAUAUAUGAAUAAUUUUGAUGGUUUUAACGCUCCUGGCAAUCCAUGGGCUGAUUAUGAAUUUGACACAGUUGUCACAAGUGACAAAGACUGUGAUGCAGUAUAUGACCAAAACUACCAAAAACUGGACAACCAAUUGAAAGAAGCUCAUGGCUUUGAAGAAAUAUCUGAAGAGAAGGGAAAUGAGAAGCAAAAUACUUCCCAGCUGAAGGUCAAAAAGCCAAUUUCCUGCCAUCUUGGCCAGGGAGAUAUAGAUCCAGGCAGUUUGGACAAGCCCGCACUAGAGCAGAUCAUUCUGGAGUGUGCGAAAUCCGUGGAAUCAUUUGUUGACUGUCAAGAUUUGCUGGAUGCAGAAGUGGAACGAGAAUUGCAUUUGGACUUCCAUGUCAAUGUAGGAGAUUUAGACCACCCACAGAUAUUACAACAUCCUCGGGGUAAGGGCAGUGAACAGUUAGUGAAUGAAGUUACAGAACAUCUCACGGAAUAUCUGGGGGAAGAAACUUUGGAUAAAGUGACUGGGAUCUCAGGGCAGCAAAAUCAGAGCAGCAAAGAGAUGAAAGGAACGAAGCUUGAUGGACAUCAAAACACUCAAGACUGUCUUAAAUUUGCUCAGCAAAGCAGCAGUCCACUUAAAGGACAAAGAGAUCAUGACAAAUACAUUAUAAGUGUUCCUAACCUUUCAAAAACAAACUGUAUACAACUGAAAGAUCCAAUUAGAAUUGCAAAGGAAGGCUGUCAUGAAGAAAGCAUUGAAAAUGUGACUGAAAAUUUGAUAGAAAAAUUGGUGGAUGAUGCAGCAAAGGAAUAUACCCAAAUCAAGAGCAAACACAGGGGAAAAUUAGACGCAAACAAUAUCCUGUGUCCUCAGGCUACGGUGAAUUGGGCUUCACUCGAUGAGACUUUUAACACGGAUAUUUUUGAAGGCAGCCAGGAUGUCAGCUGUGAAAAAUGCAAAGGAUUCCAGCCUUUCCCAGACAGUAAAACUCCAGGACAAAGGUUUGCAUUGGACAGGUGGUGCUCGGGAAUUCGUAGGAAGCCAAAGGAAGCUAUUUUUGCUGUACCUUAUAACCUCAUGGAUGUUCAGCAGUGGGUUGAUAAAGCCAUCAAUGUCCUGUGGAACCAAUGUUGCCGUGUUCAAGACAACAUGAUUAAUGUGUCUGAGAAUCGAGAGCAGACUGAUGAGAAGGAUGGUGAUGCAGAAAGCAAGGGAGUGCACAAGCAGGUCAUUUUUGAUUUGACUUCUGAUCUUUUUCAAAACCUCUUAAUGAAGGAGCCAAUGUCCAAAUCAUACUCAUGGCUGACACACAAGUCCUGGGCUGGACUCUUAUCUGGCUGUGUACCUGAUACACAGCAGCAAAGGCAAAUGAAGUCAUUCAUCCAACGCCAAGUUGCCAAGUUACUAAAUCUGGAUAGAAAUGACCUGGAAAUGAGAGAAAAGCUCCAGCAACUGACAAAGUAUUGCAAGAGCAAAAGGGACCGGGUUGACAUUAUCCUGAUUCAAGAACUCCAAGAGGAAGAGAGCCAAUGGGUUGAGUAUACUGAUGAUGAACUAACUGUGAAGAUGAAGCUGACUGAGGACAUCUUUAACAUCUUGGUUCAUGACACUGUGGGUGUCCUCAACACCAUCUGCGACAGAGGAUCAGCAAGACAUUCUGUCACCAUCUCCAGUAUGUAACAGAUGAAGGCAACAUAUUGUUCACACAAUUGAAUAGAUAGACCAUCAAGCCAAGGCAAACUUCUGCUAAACCUUCACAACUACCAUAUAAAGUGCAGAUUUUUAAAUAAAAUCCAAGAAAUUCCAUGUGGAGGUGAAAAGACUGAAUUAAUUGAUAAAAUCUUGAUAUCAUCCAACCACUAGUAUUAGCAGUGUAUGAAAGGGUAUCAAUCUUACUGCUGAAUCAGAGUUUUGAGUUUGUCAUCCCAUUCUGGGGCUUUCUGCAAUCCAAGGCAAACACUCCAGUGAAAUUCUGAAGAGUGCUGCACCUUCAGGAGGUACCCUCAGGUGGGUUUAAAAGAUUCACUGCAUGACAUUGAAGACAAACAGGGAAAUCUUCUUUACUCUCCUGACCAAUGUUGAAACACCAACCAAAAUCACUUGUGGGAGUUUAAUGUGCAUGAAUUGGUUGCUGUGAUUCCUGGGGUUACAAUAUUAGCUAAUCUUCAAAUAGCUUCAUUGCCUUGGACAUCUGGAGGUGAAAGGUGCUAUAUAAAUAAUAACUAUAUAUUUUCUGUUACUUCUUUCCUUAAUGUGUCUUCCCUUCAAUUUUUUUCAAGUUUUGCCCCUUUUUUUGCGAAUAUUAUUCCUACAAAUUGAAAAACUUUAAAGGGAUCUGGUGAGUAAUGGGGCUGAAGGUAUUUAUGUAGUGCUGAAUUUUCAUGGACAGAGGAGGGAAAGUUUAAUGUUAAAGUUUUUUCAAUAUUAUGCAGUUAAGGAUAUAGGUGCACGCUGAGCUGCAAGGUUCAUUUUCCAAUGUUUCAUCACCAUGUUAGAUAACAUCUUCAGUGAGCCUCAGGA